UUCUCCAAGAAAACGAAUACAAAAAAAAAAAAGAAAGCAUAAUUUGUUAUUAAUAAUCUAUAAUAAGAAUUUUUGUAAAUAAAAAAAAAUUUUACAUAAUUUCUAUAAUUUUUUUCAAAUAGUUUUUUCUAUAAAUCGUUUUUGAUUUCAAAAUGCCGAUGAUACCAUUUUUCCCUUCGUUAAAACCUCACACUGCCAAUCAUAUUUGGUUUGAUAUAGACGAGCCAUGCAAUGAGGAUGCUGAAGUUCUCGCUUUAGAAAGAGAAAACACAAAUGAGGUAAAUGCGAUUUCAAGUUUAGGUCAAGAUUUGAAUCCUAUAGGAAAAGCAUUAACAAUGGUUGGUGGGCCAGAAACUGAUGAUGAGGAUGCAAACGAUGAUACAGAUGAUUCUGACAGCCAUGACGACGAAGAUGAUGAGAUAGAUAGAUUAAUGGACUCGGUUAACAAUAGAACACCAAUGGAGGAUGAUGCAGGAAAUAAUUCUAAUAAUGAUGAUGACGUUUCAACAUUAAUACUACAACAUUCUAUUUAAAUUCUAAAAUUAGAUUUACGCGUACUAUAAUUAAAUUUUUAUUGUUUGUUUUCUGAUGUUUUACCGGGGAUUUAUGCUCUUUUGUUCUCAGACACAAUAAAUUAUUUUUAUGUUGUUUUUGGCAGAAAGGGAAACAAAUAAUUAAAAAUUUACAUUUUUGGUAACAUUCGUAUUAUACUUUUUUAAGAUUUUGGAUUUAAAAUAAAUUUCAACUAAAUUUUUUAAAGGUCAAUUUAGUUUGAACCAAUUCUUUUGAAAUAUUUAUUUCGCUUUGAAAGUUUUAUAAAUAUUUUAAGUAAAAUUAUGUAUUUAGUGUUUUAAGAAUUGAAAUGAAUGAAAUUUAAUAUGAGGACUAAAAAAGUUUUAUGAAAUUUAAUGCGUGUCUAUUAGGAGCGCUAAA